AUGGAGAUGGAGGAAGAUGGGCUGACAAAAUCGGUGCCGGACGCGAUGAAGAACAACGAGGGACAUUCAAACAAUCCAGUUCAGGUCGGAAGAAGCCCGACUAUCUCUUUUAGGAGAGCUCUAACAGGGUUGAGAGACAGAGAGGACAUAACAGACGAUGUCUCAGAUGAUGAAGCGGGUGAACAACCAGAUGACGAUCCUGACUGCCCUGUGAUCAAACUCACGAAAGAGGAAAAGAGAAGAAUGAGGAAACGAUGGGAGAACACCCUCAUCAUCAAGGUGCUGGGGAAAACCGUCGGAUAUAACUACAUGCUACGCCGUCUGAGAACCAUAUGGAAUCCCAAAUCAGGGAUGGACCUUAUAGCAAUUCAAAAUGGAUACUUUCUUGUCCGGUUCUCUUCUGUGACCGACUAUGAGCAUGCAAAACUGGGAGGGCCGUGGACGGUGUUGGAUCACUGCCUCGCAGUCAAGGAAUGGGAGCCCGAUUUUGACCCCAUGAGAGAUACAACUCAGAGGCUCCUUGUUUGGGUGCGAUUUCCAUGCCUUCCAAUCGAAUACUAUGACUACGACUUUCUGAUGAGAGUUGGAGAUAUGAUAGGGAAGGCAAAGAAAGUCGACCAUGCGACAAGCAUGGCAUCCAGAGGGCUCUUCGCACGAGUUUGCGUGGAAGUGGAUAUAACGAAACCCUUGCUCGCGAGGUUCACACUCAGGAAUAAAAUGAGGACCAUUGAGUACGAGGGUCUUCACCUCGUUUGCUUCAAGUGCGGAAUGGUGGGGCACCGGAGAGAGGGCUGCAAACAAGAGGAUGUUCAACCGGAAAACGCCGAAUCGGCAGAAAAGGGCGAAAGUCCGGCGAAUCCAGCAGACCCAACGGCGGAGACGAGGCAAGGAAGACUGUUUAUCGACGAGAAUGCUCUCUAG